AUGGGACUAGAGAAUGCUUGUGACGAUAUGAAGAGACACGCAAAACAUCAGACGUUCUCACCUGCCCCAGCAGCAUCACCAUGGGCUUGGCCUCAAAGUCGCUCCCCGUCUGAAGGCGCAUGGGCGACACGUGCGGGGAGAAGGGGCAGUGAGGAGAGCGGGAUGGGAUGGAGUGGUGCAAGCACGGUUAGGAACGGCGGUGCAGCCAUGUGGUUGGGUGCAGCCAUGUGGUUGGGUGCAGCCAUGUGGUUGGGUGCAGCCAUGUGGUUGGGUGCAGCCAUGUGGUUGGGUGCAGCCAUGUGGUUGGGUGCAGCCAUGUGGUUGGGUGCAGCCAUGUGGGUGGGUGCAGCCAUGUGGUUGGGUGCAGCCAUGUGGUUGGGUGCAGCCAUGUGGGUGGGUGCAGCCAUGUGGGUGGGUGCAGCCAUGUGGGUGGGUGCAGCCAUGUGGGUGGGUGCAGCCAUGUGGGUGGGUGCAGCCAUGUGGGUGGGUGCAGCCAUGUGGGUGGGUGCAGCCAUGUGGGUGGGUGCAGCCAUGUGGGUGGGUGCAGCCAUGUGGGUGGGUGCAGCCAUGUGGGUGGGUGCAGCCAUGUGGGUGGGUGCAGCCAUGUGGGUGGGUGCAGCCAUGUGGGUGGGUGCAGCCAUGUGGGUGGGUGCAGCCAUGUGGGUGGGUGCAGCCAUGUGGGUGGGUGCAGCCAUGUGGGUGGGUGCAGCCAUGUGGGUGGGUGCAGCCAUGUGGGUGGGUGCAGCCAUGUGGGUGGGUGCAGCCAUGUGGGUGGGUGCAGCCAUGUGGGUGGGUGCAGCCAUGUGGGUGGGUGCAGCCAUGUGGGUGGGUGCAGCCAUGUGGGUGGGUGCAGCCAUGUGGGUGGGUGCAGCCAUGUGGGUGGGUGCAGCCAUGUGGGUGGGUGCAGCCAUGUGGGUGGGUGCAGCCAUGUGGGUGGGUGCAGCCAUGUGGUUGGGUGCAGCCAUGUGGUUGGGUGCAGCCAUGUGGGUGGGUGCAGCCAUGUGGGUGGGUGCAGCCAUGUGGGUGGGUGCAGCCAUGUGGGUGGGUGCAGCCAUGUGGGUGGGUGCAGCCAUGUGGGUGGGUGCAGCCAUGUGGGUGGGUGCAGCCAUGUGGGUGGGUGCAGCCAUGUGGGUGGGUGCAGCCAUGUGGGUGGGUGCAGCCAUGUGGGUGGGUGCAGCCAUGUGGGUGGGUGCAGCCAUGUGGGUGGGUGCAGCCAUGUGGGUGGGUGCAGCCAUGUGGGUGGACGGAAGCAACAGGAGGGAACUGUGA